AUUCAAAAUAUACGCAAUUUGCGGAAGUAUUACAGAUUUGGCAUCAGAAAAUCAUAUUUUGUUUUUAAAAUGAGAGGAAUCGGAGGGCCCCUUUUAUGCAUCGGAGAUCUCCUCAGCGACGUUGGUGAAGAAGGAGGAAAAGACUCUCUCCCUCGCGAAACCUCUCCCUCUUCUUCGAAGUCUUCCCAUUCAGAUCUCAACAACACCCUUCCUCAACAACUUCCUGACCUCACCAAACUCUUUCAGGAAAACUACGAUCACCUAAACUCCGCCCUCAAUGCCACCGACCAUUCUUGGACUUCACUCACAUUGAAGUUAUGUACUGCUCUAGAUACUGCAAACCAGCUGGUUCAAUGUACCAAUUCAAAUGUAGCAUCCUUGUUGGAGAAGGUUGAGGAGCUUGAGAAAAUUGUCAAGAGAGGUGAUUCAGCAAUAGCAGCGACAAAGGCAUUUUAUGUUGCUCCCGAUAACUUAAACAUUGCCUUCAAGUAAACAAGGUAGCAGUGCACAUUGAAAGUUUGAGAAGUAUCCAAAUUGUUCACUAGCCCUUCAAUGUCUUGAGUCGGAGUUGGAUCACGUCAAAGAGUAUAGAUUAGGAAGUCUUGUAUUAUUUUAAUUUGAGAAAUUUAUUAUAAAGAGUUGCAAAUAUUUUUUGAUUAUAGGUGUUUCAAAUGUUUUCAAAGGAACCACUUUCACUUCUAUAUAUUUUUGAAGUUUAUUAUUUCGUUUUUGAAUUUUAAUGAAAAAAAAAACACAUAUUAAUAAA